AUGGUCAACAAGUCAGAGAAACCAACAGGGGACAAACAUAAGAUCAGGCAGUCAGAGAAACCAACAGGGGACAAACAUAAGAUCAGGCAGUCAGAGAAACCAACAGGAGACAAACAUAAGAUCAGGCAGUCAGAGAAACCAACAGGAGACAAACAUAAGAUCAGGCAGUCAGAGAAACCAACAGGAGACAAACAUAAGAUCAGGCAGUCAGAGAAACCAACAGGAGACAAACAUAAGAUCAGGCAGUCAGAGAAACCAACAGGGGACAAACAUAAGAUCAGGCAGUCAGAGAAACCAACAGGAGACAAACAUAAAGUCAGGCAGGCAGAGAAACCAACAGGAGACAAACAUAAGAUCAGGCAGUCAGAGAAACCAACAGGAGACAAACAUAAGAUCAGGCAGUCAGAGAAACCAACAGGAGACAAACAUAAGAUCAGGCAGUCAGAGAAACCAACAGGGGACAAACAUAAGAUCAGGCAGUCAGAGAAACCAACAGGGGACAAACAUAAAGUCAGGCAGUCAGAGAAACCAACAGGAGACAAACAUAAGAUCAGGCAGUCAGAGAAACCAACAGGAGACAAACAUAAAGUCAGGCAGUCAGAGAAACCAACAGGAGACAAACAUAAGAUCAGGCAGUCAGAGAAACCAACAGGAGACAAACAUAAGAUCAGGCAGUCAGAGAAACCAACAGGGGACAAACAUAAAGUCAGGCAGUCAGAGAAACCAACAGGAGACAAACAUAAGAUCAGGCAGUCAGAGAAACCAACAGGAGACAAACAUAAAGUCAGGCAGUCAGAGAAACCAACAGGAGACAAACAUAAGAUCAGGCAGUCAGAGAAACCAACAGGAGACAAACAUAAGAUCAGGCAGUCAGAGAAACCAACAGGAGACAAACAUAAGAUCAGGCAGUCAGAGAAACCAACAGGAGACAAACAUAAGAUCAGGCAGUCAGAGAAACCAACAGGAGACAAACAUAAAGUCAGGCAGUCAGAGAAACCAACAGGAGACAAACAUAAGAUCAGGCAGUCAGAGAAACCAACAGGAGACAAACAUAAGAUCAGGCAGUCAGAGAAACCAACAGGGGACAAACAUAAAGUCAGGCAGGCAGAGAAACCAACAGGAGACAAACAUAAGAUCAGGCAGUCAGAGAAACCAACAGUGGACAAACAUAAAGUCAGGCAGGGAAAAGGAUCCAGUCCAGAAGAAAAAUAG